AAAACUUAUCGUAAGCGCCCUCGUACGAUAAACUUAGGACGAAAUGCAGAUUCACAAAGCGCGCGCGACGUAAGAUUCUCGUCAGCUGCGAGACAAUCCCACGAGAGCCCCCGAGCAGUCGUAAGUGGCCAUACGAGCAAAGAUGGCGGCGUACGUCGCAGCAGUCGAGAUUGAGUCGCGGAGAACUUUGCGCCGUGAACGUGUUCUCAGGCCACGGACGACGCUCCAAAGUAUCCCGGAGAACCAUCUUCUUCGAUAUUAUCGUCUUCCACGAUCUUCAAUAAUGAGCUUGUGCGAGAAGCUUGCCCCGGCCCUCCAACGGCCAACAGCGCGGUGUCGAGCCAUCCCUGUGGACGUGCAAGUGCUCGUCGCGCUACGUUUUUAUGCAAGUGGAAGUUUUCAGUCUGUUGUGGGAGAUGUGGUUGCGAUCAGCCAAAGCAGCACCUCACGGAUUGUAAACAGCGUGACGACAGCGAUCGUGGAAAUGGCCACGACGCAAAUAAAGUUUCCACGUACACCUGCGGACGUCCAGAAAACCGUCUUAGGAUUCCUCGACAUUGCAGGUUUCCCAAAGGUACUGGGCUGCAUCGAUUGCACACAUGUUCUUGUGAAACCCCCCAAGCGUGAGAUGCGACCUGCAUACCGAAACAGAAAGGGGCUGUACUCGAUCAAUGUACAGGCAGUCUGUAACGCUGACUGCGAAAUAACCCAGCUGACAGCCAGAUGGCCAGGAUGCACUCACGAUAGUUUCAUCUGGUCACUAUGCAACCUUCACGAUGAAUUUCAGGCUGGCAGAAUGCCUGAAGGCUGGCUUCUAGGUGAUUCCGGCUAUCCCACACAGCCCUGGCUUUUGACGCCCUUCCAGACACCAUCAGGAGAAGCUGAAGAAAAGUACAACAAGGCUCAUAGGAAAACCCGACAAGUGAUUGAGCGUGCCUUUGGACUGCUCAAAAGCAGGUUUCGGUGUUUGGACAAGUCUGGGGGAUGCCUCCUAUACCCAAUGACAACGUGCUGCUCCAUCAUUGUGGCUUGUGGCAUCCUCCACAACUACUGCAUACGCCAUAACAUCCUCCUGACUGACCCUGUUGAGUUAGAAGAAGCUGAAAGACCAAUCCCAGGAGCACAAGACAUGCCAGCUGGAAUUUCAGUCAGAGAUCACGUUGUUACACAGAUAUUCACAGAGCACCGACCUAUAGCUCAGCCCGAAAUUCGCAGGGAGUGAACCUGAAUAUUCAGGCAUAAUAAAAUUUUCAACCCGCAGCA